CAGCUGAUUUUAAACAACAACAAAUACCAAAUCUGUUUUGAAAACUUGGGCGUUGCUAGCUUUUGCGCCAGCUAGUUACCCUUUCUUUAUUCAUAUUCUUUGAUUCUUUACUGAAUUUUAUUGGUGUUGACUAUGCUGAACUAUAUCAAGAACUCCAUUUAAUAAAGAUCAUUUAAUGUGCAGUUGAACUUAUUUGAAAGUUGGAAGAUGGACAAGUUGUAAUGAUGCUACAGUGAAACUCCCAGAACUAUUUGUUAGGAUAUCUGCUUUGGUCUGAACUGGUGUAUACAAGAUGUGCUUUUUACCUACAGAUAAGAUGACUUUGACACAGUCGGUCACACAUAAAAUGCAGUGUUUUUUGCAAAGGCAACGACUCUUUCUCAAUAAGUUGAACUUAAAAGAGCUGAACAAAGAUGAGUUCAUCAAGUACAUGGACACCAGAACAGCUUGCUACCACUGCAUCAAGGUACCCCACCUGCAGUUCCACACCAGUCCCCAAACUUUUGCAGCAGCCAUAAACAUCCUGGAUGUUUUCUUGUGGAAGGUCAAGGUAACAGAGAGGCAUAUAACUGUUGUGUCUGUUGCCUGCUUUUUUAUUGCUGCCAAAAUGUUGGAGCCUGAGGAGAGCUGCCCAGACGCCAGACAACUCAGCUUCCAGCAUGAGUGGACGGCCAAUGACCUGUGUCGCAUGGAGCUUCAAAUCCUGGGCAAACUCAACUGGAGCGUGUCCACGGUGUCCUAUGUUGACUUCCUGCAGCUCUUCGCUGAUGUGUAUGGGGUCAACCACAACGUACUCAACUGUGAAAAGGUCACCGCACUGGCCCAGAAGUCUUUGUCUAAAAAAUCCACAGUCCUGCUGGAGCCUGCAGUGUUGGCCCUGUCAUUGAUUCAUCAUGUGAACAGUGAUACACGCAACAACCCAGCUGAGCAGCAAGUGAUUGUACACUGCAAUAUUCAAGAAACUGAGCUGACAGAGUGCCAAGAAAACUUGUCCGUGUAUGCCUCCACUCUGCUGUCUCUAUCCCCAACAAGAUUCCAACACAAACUGCCCAUCAGAAGAUUUGACAAACCAAGUGAGAUGGGCAUUACCUGUUUGCCAACCAUCGUGGAAGAGCCUUCAGCUUAAAUAUUUAGCAUGAAGCUCACAUUAAGUUUUGAUUUCAUGUUUUUAAAAUUUAAGCUUUUUUAAAAAACUCAUUUAAUCAUUUUUUUAAAAUACAGGCUUUAAAUUAUUUAUGUUUAUGCUUUUUAAAUUUUACACUUUUAAUUAUUUUUUUUUUACUAAAACAAGGAUUUUAAAUAUCAAAGUUGUUUUUUUAUUACUAUAACCAAGAAAGGACUUGAAUCUAGAAGAAAAUUUGUAAAGAAAUAUCUGUUGCUGUUAUUUGCAAUCUUCCUAAUAUCAGAUAUGCUACUUUGUGUUUCUUCCAAUAACAUUACAGAACACAGUUACUGCUUUCAGCAAAUUUUAAAAGUAGUUUUCCUAUUUUAAUUGACUGAUUGUGUGGGUGUGGUUAAUUUAUCAACUCAUUAAUUAGUUCACUAAUACUAAUUUAGUUUAUGCUUGUGUGAUGCAUAACAAUAAGAACAAGAUGAGAAUUUGUAUGUACGUUAGGGUUGUGGGAAAAGAUGAUUCUGUAUUGUUGAACAAAUGAAAUGUGUAUGAUACUAUCAGAUGUUUGUUGUCUUGUUAUACAAUUUGACUAUGCAGUUUGGUAAAAUUCAACUGUGGGUGUAUAGUUUCCUAAUUUGUACUGAUAUAAUGAGAAUAUGCAAUAGGUAUGGUGAGGUCUGAUUGUGUGUUGUGCUGUUUGGGUACAUGGUAUGAGGAGAGUGCAAUAGGUAUGGUGAGCUUUGAUUAUGUGUUGUACAGUUUGAAUACGAAGUUUGACGAGAAUCUGCAAUAGGUAUGGUGAGCUCUGAUUAUGUGUUUUACACUUUGAAUACAAGGAUUGAGGAGAAUCUGCUAUAGUUGUGAGAUCUGAUGCUGUGUUGUACAGUUUGAAUACAGUUUGACGAGAAUCUGCAAAAGUUAUGGUGAGGUCUGAUUAUGUGUUGUACAGUUUGAAUACAAAGUUUGACGAGAAUCUGCAAAAGGUAUGGUGAGCUUUGAUUAUGUGUUGUACACUUUGAAUACAAAGAUUGAGGAGAAUCUGCUAUAGGUGUGAGAUCUAAUGCUGUGUUAAACAGUGUGAACACAAAGAUUGAUGAGAGAAAGCUGUUGUGUGAUGAUAUACAUUCCCCCCUCGUUUACUUACGUAUUAGUGGUUUAUCACACACAUGUUCUACCUUGCCAUUUUGAAAAAUAUACUCCCCUACUUGUCCAUAGUAUUUUUGAUAUUUUAAUGUUUUAAAUCUUAAUAUGUCUUAUUACAUAUUGUAUCUUAUGCAGUCCUGUACCGUAUAAUCUAAUUGGGCAAGAUUUGUACUGUAAUGUAUCUUUUUGUGUGCUAACUUUACUUAAAAUGAUCUCUCCCUGACUGAAUGGAUGGAAAGGCUUUUUGCAAAUGUAAUCAGACAUAAUGCAUAAUAUUUGAGCAAUUAAUUUCUCUAAAGUAUUACAAUAUUUAAAAAUGUUUCUGUGUGAAAUGUUUAUAACUAUGUGAUACAAUUGGGCAAAGGGAAACAAUGAUAUUAAUAUAUUACAUACUGAAAUUAGGUGGUUUUUAGAAUUUAAAUAAAACAAAAAUAUCAAAUUUUAAUUUAUUUAGAAUUUUUUUUUACAUCUUCUUUUAUUAAGUAAAGUAAUUUUCAAGAGUUUAACACUAUUCAUAAUUACAUUUGUGACAAUUACUCCUAAUUUCAAAUUAUGUAUAGUAUAAUGUAUGUUUGGUGUUUCUAUCAAGGAUAAAAAUGCCAGGUUUUUGCAAUAUUUAGUGGGAAAAUGUUUUUUAAAUUAUUUUUAAAAAUACCUACAAUUUUUUUAAAAAUGUUUGUCUGUACGUAUGUAACAUACUGUAAACUAGUGCAAAUACUGUAUAAAAACCCGUAUUUAAUGACUGUAAAUAAAUCUGUGUAUAUUCAUUCUCCUGCAGCUAAUCAUACGGUGUACACAUAUGGCUCACUAUUCUAUCUGGUACAUAGAAUAGCCCAAACUUCAGUCAACUAGUUUGAUAUGUGUAUAGUAAAUUAUCUCAACUUGUAGCACAUAACUCUGUUAGGGGUUGCUUGUAAAUAUGUCUAGCAUUUCCAUGUGUACAUUAUCAUAAUUAUUUAUUUAUAAACAAAUGAACAGGAAGUGAUGUAUUCUCUAUUAGUGGCUAGAAUGUUUUGAAUUGGAUUAGAGCUCUUGUAUGUUCUUGUUUUUUUUUUUUAAAUCCCUGCUCACUUAUUUUAUUUUUAAUAGAAAAUGUCCCAAAGCUUUUUCUACUUAGUCUAUAUUUAAAAUAUUAAAAUCAAACUCAAGUAAUUUCAAAAUGUAUAAAAAAAAUUUUUUUUUAGCACAGUUAAUUAAAAUUUUAAAAUAAGUUAUUUAGCAUCUUGAGACUGCUCCUAUUAUUUUUAAUGCCUACGAAAUUAAACUUUACCCACCAGAUUUGUUUAAUACAAGUGAGUUGAUUUAAAAAAAACCUAAUAUUUUUUACAAAUGUAUUUUUUUUUUUCUAAAAUAAUUUUUAGGCCUCUUUUUUUAGUCUAGAUAUAUAAGAAAGCAUAACUCUUGCUUGAGUUAUUUAUAUACUCAGUUGCGUGCCUUUAAUUUGAAGCUUAACAUCAAAUCUAUCUUGCCUAUUUAUUUAGUAUUUUAUAAGCAGAUGUUUUUAAGCAUUAUAACUUGUUUUUUUUUUUUUAACAGUUGUAAAUCUGCACGAGGGGUCACUUAAAAUAAACCAGUUUUUAUGUCUGUUGUAUACAAGAUACAAAGAUCUGUGUGGAUGAUAUUAAUGAUACAUUGUUGGUUUACAUGAACAAUUAAUCACUGUUGUUGUUGUGCAUAUUGUAUACAAGAAUUUUUUAAAAGAUCUGAGUAAGUGAUAAAUGAAUUAAUCAUGCAAUAGGUAAUGUUUGAUUUCUGGUGCGUGUGUGCACUUGUUGUCAUUUUAUAUAUAUGUAUUAUUUAUAUAUAUAUAUAUAUCACACUUCAUUUGUACAACAACUGGACAUACAAAUAAAUAUUUAUAAUGAAUGUCAUAAA